GUCGUGUGUGUGUGUGUCUGUGUUGUUGUUCCGCGGCGGCGGCGGCGGCGGUAAGAUGGCUGCCCACGGGGGCUCCGCGGCGUCGUCGGCGCUAAAGGGGUUAAUUCAGCAGUUCAUGGCCAUCACCGGUGCAAGUGAAAGUGUAGGAAAACAUAUGCUUGAAGCUUGUAACAACAACCUGGAGAUGGCAGUCACUAUGUUUUUGGAUGGUGGAGGAAUUGCUGAGGAGCCCAGUACCAGUUCAGCAAGUGUUUCUGCAGUCAGACCACACACAGAAGAAGAAGUUCGUGCCCCAAUUCCUCAAAAGCAAGAAAUAUUGGUGGAGCCAGAACCUUUGUUUGGUGCCCCUAAAAGACGAAGGCCUGCACGUUCAAUAUUUGAUGGUUUCCGAGAUUUUCAAACUGAAACUAUUAGGCAAGAACAGGAAUUAAGAAAUGGAGGCGCAAUAGAUAAGAAACUAACCACCCUUGCAGAUCUGUUCCGGCCCCCAAUUGACUUGAUGCACAAAGGCAGCUUUGAAACAGCCAAAGAGUGUGGCCAGAUGCAAAAUAAGUGGCUGAUGAUAAACAUUCAAAAUGUACAAGACUUUGCAUGCCAGUGCCUCAACCGUGAUGUGUGGAGCAAUGAAGCUGUGAAGAAUAUUAUCCGGGAACAUUUCAUUUUCUGGCAGGUUUAUCAUGACAGUGAGGAAGGUCAGAGAUACAUACAGUUUUAUAAAUUAGGGGAUUUCCCCUAUGUUUCCAUCUUGGACCCACGGACAGGUCAGAAGCUAGUAGAGUGGCACCAAUUAGAUGUGUCUUCUUUCUUGGACCAAGUAACAGGGUUUCUGGGUGAACAUGGGCAACUGGAUGGACUUUCUAGCAGUCCCCCCAAAAAAUGUGCCCGAUCAGAGAGCCUCAUAGAUGCCAGUGAAGACAGCCAGCUGGAAGCUGCCAUCAGAGCCUCUCUGCAGGAGACACAUUUCGACUCAGCACAGGCAAAGCAGGAUAACCGCUCAGAUGAAGAAUCUGAAUCAGAACUUUUUUCUGGCAGUGAGGAAUUCAUAUCGGUUUGUGGCUCUGAUGAAGAGGAGGAGGUAGAGAAUCUUGCUAAGUCCAGAAAGUCUCCUCAUAAAGAUCUGGGGCAUAGAAAAGAGGAGAACAGAAGACCACUGACGGAGCCCCCAGCCAGAACUGAGCCUGGCACAGCCACAAACCAUCAAGGAUUGCCAGCCAUGGAUCCUGAGCUCUUGGAGAUGUCACCCGAAAAGUCAGAUGGAAUAGUGGAGGGGAUAGAUGUAAAUGGACCAAAAGCACAGCUAAUGCUACGGUACCCAGAUGGAAAAAGGGAGCAGAUCACUCUUCCAGAGCAAGCUAAGCUGCUGGCUUUGGUGAGGCACGUCCAGUCUAAAGGAUAUCCAAAUGAGCGCUUUGAACUUCUUACCAAUUUCCCUCGGAGGAAGCUCUCUCAUCUGGACUAUGACAUUACCUUACAAGAGGCAGGCCUCUGUCCUCAAGAGACUGUCUUUGUACAGGAAAGAAAUUAACACCAUGACUUGACCUCUCUCAGCUUACCCCUUCUUCCCUUUUCCUGUGAGAUACCAUGUCACUAAGUAUGCAUUUUGGCUCAUAGGACUAUAGAGCCAAAGCUGGACUAGCAAGUCACCUGCCUUUCCUUUAUUUCUUUCUGUCACCUGCAAUUAGUGUCUUUCCUGCUUCUCUUUCUCCCCUCUUCCUCUGUGAUUUUCUUUUUCUCACUUUAUCACAUGUGACCAAAUGAAAGUGUAAAGAUAAGGAUAAGAUCUCUCCCAGUACUGGCAGCAGAAAAGUGUGUUCUAAUAA